CGAAAGUCCCGCAGCGGACCCGCCGCUGCUGUCGCCGCUUGCUCCUCCUCCUCCUCGACUUUGGUUUGGCUGGUUCACCUUCAAGCGUGCGCGCGGCGGAGGGCCUGGCGGAGCGAGAGGGCGCUGAGCAGAGACCUGCACGAGAGCGCAGUAUGAACGGAGGGGUGGACUAUCUGCUGUCGGAGGAAGUGAUCCAUCUCACCCGAGGACCUUCAGGCUUGGGAUUUAAUAUAGUUGGUGGGACUGACCAGCAGUGUAUCUCCAAUGACACUGGCAUCUACGUUAGCCGGAUCAAAGAAAAUGGAGCUGCUGCACUUGAUGGCCGCCUUCAAGAGGGAGACAAGAUUUUAACAGUUAAUGGUAAGGAGUUGAAGAACAUGCUACACCAGAAUGCUGUGGAACUUUUCAGGGCAGCUGGUGACAAUGUAUCAUUAAAGGUUCAGCACAGGCUGCUGCCCCAGAAUGGUCCCUCAAGCCACCGAGGGGAUGGAGAUUCAGGAGGCAUUCCUUUGACUAUGUUUUUGGUGCCAGGGCUGGCCAUAACAGCAGCUAUAGUAUGGGCCUUCCUUAGAUAUCGGCAACGGGUGUGAUCAGCAUCAUUUUCCAAAGAUCUCGAUGUCUGGGAAAACCUACAGAUAUAUGAAAUAAUUUAAAGAGAACAAAUCAGCAAUCUUAUUCUGGACUGGCAUAGGGGGAGGAGAAAGAGAGAAUCAUUGCUCAAUGCAGCCUUCCCCAACCUGGUGCCUUUCAGACGGUGUUGGAUUACGACUCCCAUUAUUUCCAACCAGCAAGGCCUCCUGGUGGGUAUCACAUUGGGGAAGGCUGGAGAACACGAAACAUUUUGGCUGCGUAUGGAGUUUCAAAUUUCAUACACCUAGAAUCUGAAAACCUAUGAGCUGGACAAUCUCACUUUACUGGUCCUGAAGAAAAUUGGUCCAGCCUUUUCUGAUUCUCCUUUAUUGUGUGAAUUUUCAUGUGCUCAACAUUUUUUCACAUGUAGCUAGGUGAUAGGGCAAGGCUUGUGAGUUAUUUCUCCUGACAGACGAGAUAACUACCUGUUUUGCCAUUUGUGAAGCUGCUUCUGAAACAUGAAGGAAACUUCUGGAGCAAUUGCAGCAUAGUUAUGCUUUGAUCUGGGGAAGGCUUGGGUCUCGGGUGAAGUGAAAUGUCCUCAAAGUUGUAAGAAAGCAUGCUUGCCUGAUCAAAAGGAAUACUGUGGAUUGCAGGCGCAGAAUCUAGUUUGAAAAUAAAGAAGGUAUUGGAUUUUUUAAAAUGCAGAUUUAUCUUUAUUCUCUAAGUUUUCUCAGAGAAGAAUAUUGUCCACAAUGAGAGAUAAAAGUAAUAUCUCUUUUUUGCAGCCCACAGAGAAGGCUAAACCAGUAUAUCUUUCCUUAAUGAGUAGAAUAUUUUGGCAGGGCAGGUUAAACAUUAUUUAAAUUAUGGCCAAACAUAAUUGCAUUUUUGUAGUAGCUUUCCAGCUGAAAAGACAAAAAAUAGCUCUUUCCAGUGAAAAGCAAUAUGUGUUCAUGAUAGCUAAUUGUUUGGAGCAUUUGAACCACAUCCAUGGCAUUCUCUGACCAUACAGCAAGGCAGCAGUUUUUAUAUAAGCAAAAGUUGGUGAAAUAAUGAGAAGGUACUUGAAUGAAAAGCUACAAUGCCUUCCCUUUUAAGAUGGCAAACCCUUCUGUGCUGAUAAUAUUAUAGAGGUGAAUGAUUUGAAUUCAUUAAAGUAUCAUCAGUUUUAUUCUGAAAUGGAAUCUGUUUUUGUACUUUGCAAAAGAAUAUUGAUGUAUAAGAAAUGCUUGAUGCCAAAAAAGUGUAUAUGCAAUAUGUGUUGAAACUUUAACCUGUGCUGAACAUUUUUUUUAACUUUUCUGAUUUCUAAUAUCUCUGUACAGGAAAGUGCUUGAGAUAUGUCUGUGCAUGCCUGCUGUGGUUCAGCAGAGGGAGGUGUAUCUUCUCUCCAGUUACAUUUACCUGGAGUGCUCCCAGCCUUUCUUGAUAUAGAAAGUGGUCAUUCCUCAUUGGGACCCCUAUUCCAGUAAUGAGGACCUGGCCACACCAACGGGAACUCUCCAAUUUGGGGGGAUUGUUAGGAUUGUUAUAAUUGAAAAGUCAAUUUCCACAAGUACGGUACAAUCGCAACAGUAGAACUUUGCGGACACACAAACUGGAACCCUGAUAACAGAGGUUUUUAGUGUGCAAGGGAGCAAUUAGAGUAUUAUGGACCUUCUGGAAUAGUUAUUAGGUCAAACUGAUUUGGUUACAGUGAUGGAAUUUUUAUGACUUCAAGCACAGUCCAAAGCAUCACACUUGGGGAGAGCCUUCUCACUAAAUGUGUUGCAAUAAAACCAUAAUCAAAUAUUCCUUUGUACAGAG